UACGAUAAUGUGAAGUUACACAACGCAGGAGGAUUAUUGCGGCUUAUAAUUAAAAGGCUAAAACAUUUCAUUUUUUCAGAUAGUACGCAUCAUUGUAGCGCUUGAUCCGGACGUUAGAUGUAAUUUUCCAAAUACUGGAAUUAUAGACUGUGGAAUGAGGAAGGAAUUAUUAUGGAUUGUUAAUUACUUAGGAAGCGUCGGAUGAUACUCAAGUUAUUAUUAUACAUUUGUUUACCGUCACGCUUCUCGCUUGCAUAGAUCAUACAUACAAAGCUGCGUGUUGCAAAAUUUUCUCGGUAUUUUAAAUAAUUUUCAUUUUUCCCAAACUUAUAUCUCAAAUUUUCUCUAUCAAAAGCUCAUGAAAAAUAACUUUCCUAUGCGAGACACUAAUCGUUUUAUAUUGCGCCAUAUAAAAACUCAGAUCUGAGUAAAGAGUAUUCCUAAAUAUUUUUAGAAAAUAUUUUUCCAAAACACAUGCACUUAAUAAAAUUUGAACUCCAAAACAUAUGCGAUUAAUAAAAUUUACAUUCUGAAUUUGAUAUCUGAUUAACUUCUGAUUAUCCUGACUGUAAUUAUUGCUCAUGUGAUUUACUGAUUUUAAGAGGAUACAUCUUUGCCAGUUAAUUAUUAUCUCCCACUUUGUGAUCAGGAUUCGCAUAAAUUCUCGAUGAAUCUACGCGGCCGCGCACUUAGUAAUCUUAGAUGGGCGAGUAAACAUUUUCGGCUAAAUUCGAAUCGAAUACGUAUGCAAAGUGAAAAAUGGCAAAAGAACUGAUUCUUAUCUGUGCCUUUCUGAUUGCCACGCAGCUCGUCAUCGUUUCUAGUGAAGAAGAUAUAGAUUGGACUACUGUUCAUGAUGAGUUGAGGAAAUUAGUUGGAAAUCUACGAAAGAAGUGUACCGCUGAAACUGGCGCAACAGUCGAUAUGUUAGAGGCGGUGGAAUUAGGAGAAUUUCCAAAUGACAAUACAGUCCUAGCAUGUUAUUUUAAAUGCGUGUUGGAAAAAGCAGGAGUGAUGAAAAAAGACGGGAAGAUAAACUUUAAACUCCUGUCCAAGAUGUUCCCGCAAGCGUACAGACACAUUGGAGACGCAAUGCUUGACGAAUGUCGCAAUAUAGGAGGUAACGACAAAUGCGAAAAAGCCUUUAACUUCAACAAAUGCAUGUACUAUGCAAAUCCUGUGGUACGUAUAUAUACAUAUACAAUAUAGAAGUUUAAUAAUGAAUUUGAAAAUUUAAUAAUGAAGCAUGUUAUAUCUUUCUAGGCGUACUUCGUUAUCUAAAUAUAUAGUUCGUAAAUGUAUAUGUAAGUACGAAAGUAAAAUUCAAAAGUAUUGCUUGUAAAAUUUAAAAAAAUAAUAUUCUUAACUAUCAUCCAAGUUCCAUUCCUCGUUUUGAAUUUGCAAAAUAAAAUAAAAUGCUUCCUUAAAA